AUGGCGGUAAAUCUCCCAAGCUUCUCUCAGCCUGGUUUGGAGUGCUUUCAUCAACUACAACAGGAAGCCGAGUUCCUGGUGUGUUCAGUCAGACAGCUGAAAGACUCCCAGGCCCGGUACGCUCACGCACUAGAGAGCGUAGAGAUCGUGAGCAGAAACAGAAAUGGAGAAUUCCUUCUGCCCCUCACUAGCUACAUGUAUGUUCCUGGAGCUUUAAACACGGACCACGUCAUGGUGAACAUCGGGGCCGGAUUUCAUGUGGAGAAGAGUACGGAGGAAGCCAAGGCCUUCUUAAAGCGGCAGAUAGACCUCGUCUCAAAGCAGGUGGAAAAGGUUGAGUCAGUUGUUGAGGAGAAAUGUUUAAUCAUCAAAGGAGUGAAAGCGUCUAUUCUGACAACGGGAGCUGCCAACCACAGGUCAUGAAUUCACCUGCUGUACGAGUAUCCAGGUGUUAUUGUGUCAGCACUCACAUGAGGCAUA